UAAUAGCUUCAGGGCUUAAUUCGAAGCAGCAGCCAUGGCGUUAGACGUUCCUGUUCUUCUCCUUGCUCUUUUCUUUUCUCUGUCUGUGAGUGGGAAUGCUCAGUCAAAGGUUCCGGCGAUCUAUGUGUUCGGUGAUUCUUCGGCGGACGUCGGAAACAACAACUACCUGCCGGAUAUAGCCAAGGCCAACUGCCUUCCUUACGGCAUCGACUUCCCGCACUCGAGGCCCACCGGGAGGUACACCAACGGCUACAACGGCAUCGAUUUCUUUGCCCGUCAGAUGGGCCUCCGAAUGAGUCCGCCACCAUAUCUUUCCCUCCCAAAGAACACCAGCAAUCGAGUCGGAGUAAACUACGCUUCCGGAGGAUCUGGAAUUCUUGACUCCACUGGACCCAAUACCAUCACUAUGACGAAACAGAUCAAAUAUUUUGCCACAACUAACAAAUCAAACAUUGUACUCUCGAAAUCUAUCUUUCUCAUCAGCACCGGGGCCAACGACAUCAUUGCCUUUGUUCCAAACAACAUGACACCAAUCAACACACAAAUUGAACGGUUUUGCAACACUCUCAUCUCCAACUACACAAAACAUAUCGAGGCGUUGUACAACUUGGGAGCAAGGAAGUUUGGGAUUAUCGACAUUGGACCCGUCGGUUGCUGCCCAUUCGCAAGAAGAUUAUCUAACCAUUCCGGAGCUUGCUUCAACGUCAUGAAUGAUUUGGCCGUUGGUGUUAAUGAUGCUGUCAAAACGAUGUUAAGCAAUCUUAGCUCCACAUUGAAGGGGAUGAAGUACUCGCUUGGCAGUUAUUAUGCAGCGGUGUCAAAUAUGAUAGCUAAUCCAGAAGCAGCUGGGUUUAAAGAUGUCCAAAGUGCAUGCUGUGGAGGUAAAAGUUCGGCCGAUUGCACUCCGACCGCUACUUACUGUGAGAACCGCAAUGAAUACCUUUUUUGGGACGCUAUACACGCUACCCAGAGGACAUACGAGGAGGCUGUCCUAGACAUCUACAGUGGAUCACCGCCGUUUGUCACCCCUAUUAACUUCAAGCAGUUGGUGAAGGAAUAAUUAGAAAUCAAGUUGGUGUACUAUUCAAUAAGGCACGUAGCCAUUGUUGGCCGGGACCAUAAUUGCAACAUGCGAGUCCGGUUAGUUGCUAUCCGGGAUGAUGUUGCCUGCAGAAAUAGAUAACAUGGGUUUGGAUUUGACUACUGUACUACAGAAAUUCUUACUGAAGAAUUAUAACAGUAUAAUGUCCACAUAUGCAUUGCCAAACUAAUGCAAACUUGCACUAGGGAUGGCCAUAUAUAUAUCUUGACAGUUUAGCAAAUAAUUGCCACGGUUGG